AUGCUCACUCGAUCUUCCCGGCAGAAUCCAAACUGCUUUUUAAGGCUAACCAGAUGCUACGCAACGGCUGCUGAUGAGUCUAUCAAUCACUACGAACGGCUUGGGAUCGCUCCCAACGCGUCGAUCAAGGAGAUCAAGAUGCAAUUCAAGAAGCUCAGCAAAAAGUUCCACCCAGAUUUGAACGCACACCUCUCGCCAGAAGAAAAGGAGGCAAACAGCAGUAAGUUUGUCAAGAUCGUUCAAGCUUACGAUAUCCUUAAGGAUGUGAAACGGAAGAAGCAGUAUGACCACGAGCUCAGAGUAGCUGGAGGACUGCCAAUGCAGUCGAUGCACAACCAAAGAAGAUCGCCAGCUUCAGAAUGGCACAACAAGUACUACGGAGAGGCCAAGUACUAUUCUAGAUCGCGUUCGACCCAUGAUACAUACACUGCGUCGGGUCUAAAUACCAAGCGGCACCAUGUACACUAUGGAGAAGGGUACGACGGAUCUGCUCAGUCCAAAUUCUCUGGGGAGCACAAGAACUACGGUGAUCGCUUUGACGUACCCCAUUUUGAUUACAACCAACACUUGCUCAGAAACUUGAAGUUCGAACAACGAAUGAUCACCAGAAAUAUUUCCGACGACCAACGGAAUAAGAUUUUGAGCCAGUUAAGCAAACUGGGUGAAAAGUUGAGUGAAGAAUUGAUCACCAAGCACUUGAUGCGGCACGUACACAAUCGAGACUCGGAGCCGUCCUCACAUUCCAACCAUUCCAAGGGCAGGGCAGAAACGUACCAGGCAACUUCAUCCUUUUCAAAUCCCAACGCUCAGUACAUGUACAGAGGCCCCCAGCUGUACGAAGAAGAAUCAGGCAGUGCCGUAUUCAAAACAUUCAUGGUGCUAGGAGGCGCAGGUAGCUCCCUUUACUUACUCUACAGCAUUUUUCACUAG